UAUAAAUGUUACCAAACAAGAGUUUCCCAACAAAGAGCCUUUCUUUUUGUUGAUGGAGUAACUGAUGACACAAUUCAAUCACAUACUAAUUUGGGUUGAGGGAGAGAACAAGUUGAAUAGGAGGGUUUGUUGCAGUUUAUCAGUUUAAUAAUUUGGCUUCUGCUUUUUUUUUCUGCAUGUAUGUGUGUGCCCACGUUAGAGUGUUUCAUAUCCUACACUGACUGUCGAGGCAACAGGAGUUAAAACCCAGAAAAAGAGGAAGAGAAAAAUACUGAUGAAACGGUUGAAAAUAAUGAAAUAAACAAGAGAAUACGCAAAGGAUGAAAAUGGGAAUUAGAACGGUGGAGGAAUUACACUUGAGGGCAAAUGGAGACAUAUAACAUGGUGAAGUCAUUAAAGGAAACGCAGAGAGAGAUCUGGAACCCGUAAAGGUAAGUUUUGCCUAAAAAAUAUAUAACUUUGAUAAUUAAAGAUAUAAGCUUCCCAGGUUUGGUCUUCAGGGGGCAAUGGACCACUUGGGUUGUCAGAGCUAUAUUAUAGAUGUGUCUUGGAGAUUCACAGUUAGGUGGUUAAUCUAGUGUAUUAUUAGAGGAUUCCAUAACAUCUAGCGUACUGCUAUACCCAACGGAUUAGCAAAACAAUAUUGGAAGUUGUAGGUUUACAACAGCUGUUUGGCUACCCAAUGUCUUUGCAGAUUUUUAUUUAAAAUAAGUUUUGUUUUUGUUUUUCUGAAAACUCAAAUUUUCCUUUUUUGCUUAAACUCAUAAGCAUGGGUGUUUCUCAACUUCAUGGACUUACUUUUGGAGUAUGACUUUAUUGGAAUUUUAAUUACAGUUACCAUACACACUGUGGGCUCACACAGUAUAUACAUUAUAAGAAGCUACACCAGAGCCCAGACACUAGCACUCCCUAAGCAUGCACUAACUAACAUACACUCACAUACUGUAUAAAUUCCCAAGAUUGCUGGUCUGCAUGGUACUCACAGGGUUAUCAAGUAAUGUGAGAAUUCAAAGUGAAUAUAACAUUUUAGGUCAAAGUAUCCAAUCAAGUAGCAUAACUGACUUAGAGAAUGUUUCCGGUUCUGCUAGUUUUAUUUUGAAUUUUAAAUUCACUUUGGCUUCUCAUUUUAGUAAAUAACCCAGUUAAUUGAGAUUUUCAGUGAAUAUAAAGUAAAUUUACAGUCAAUUUCAAGUUUAAAGGGACACUCCACUACCCUAAUAUAAAAUAAAUAUCACUGUUUAGUAGAUAUACCCCUGUUUAAAAUGUGCAUGCAUUUCAUUAUGUAUUUUUUUCAUUGGGGAUAUAUCUAAAAUCAGCUUGCAAAACCUGCAGAUUGCUUGUCUGCUGCCUUUGCAAGCUCUCCCCUUCUAGCCCCGCCCAGACUUUCUGUGACUACCCAAGACAGCUCAAUGAGAAGUCUUCGUAUAUCAGAUGCUCUGUGCAAUUGCUGCCUCUUGCGGUUAGCUGAAUUGAGCUAACAAAACCAGGAAGUAAAAUUACCUGUUGACUGCUUAAAAGCCAAGGGGGUGUAACCAGGUUAAUUUAUAAAAGUGGAAAAUUCUAUUAAACUGCACAUUUUGCAAAAUGACAAAAAAUAGGACACACUCUUCACAAAUAAAGCUUUUCAGCAAGCUAAAGUUGUUUAGGGUUCUAGAGUGACAAUUUAAGGACAAAGUAUCAAACUGUUUACUUGAAUUCAAAUUUUUUUUUCCAGUUGGUCUACUCUGACCAUAAGUUUAAAAUUAAAUUGAAACUCGAUGAAAGUGACUUUAGUAAAUAAUCUCGAGUCAUUAUAAAUUCUGAAAUUCAACAAUGCUUGUGCUGUAAUACAUUGUACAACCUCCAUUAUGUAAAUAGCUGCUAGAAGGAAAUAAGAAAAAUGAGUUUCUGUGCAAUCACAGGCAUUAUUCAAUAAUAGUUAAAUGGAUACUAAGGGCACCAAAACAACCUUAGCAUAAUUAAGCAGUUUUAGUGUGUAUGUCUUACCACUGCAAUCUUACUGCUCAAUUCUCUGCCAUUUAUAAGUUAAAUCAUUUUGUUAAUGCAGCCGUAGUCACCCCCCUCUCCCCCCCCCUGUGUAACUUGCACAGCCUUCCUAAACAUUUCCUGUAAAGAGAGAUCUAAUGUUUAAAUUUCCUUUAUAGCACAGUUUAAUACUGUGUAAUAUAGAAUUUCUUAUCUCCUGCUCUGUUAAUAGCCUUCUAGAGCCCGCACAAUCCUUCUGUGUGUGAUUAAAGUUCAAUUAACAGAGCAGGAGAUACAAACUUCUAAAGCAAGUUACUGUCUGAAAAUUAAACCAUUUAUUUUCAUGCAGGCUGUAUAAGGGGAGGGCAUGGGAGGUGUGGCCAGGGCUACAUACAUAGAAACAAUGGCAGAGAACAUAAUUUUUACAACAAAACUGUUCCAUUAAACUAUAGUUGUUUUGAUUUUAAGAAAAUGUACUCGACAGCCGCCAGUCUAACAGCGUUUGAAAGUUAUUUGUGGUCUAAAAAAAAUUGAUUGAUAUUUGCCUAGACUUCUAUGUAAAUGGAUAAUUUAAAAAUGUAAAACAAGUAAUCCCAUGUAAAGUACUAAGGAAAAAUGUGUUGAUAUUCUGUUUUCUACGUUGUUUAUGUGUUAUAUUGUUAUGUUGCUUCAGAAUAAAGUUAUCUGUCUUCAGAGUGAGAACAAUUUUUGAAUUUUUGACAUGUGUGUUCUGUAUUAUCCAUCUAUCUCAUAUAGAACUUGAUUGCGUUAAUAAUACACAUAUAUUCAGUAUAUAUACCACUCUCAUUCCAUAUUCCUUAGUUGCUUUUCUAAGAAAGAACUUUGGGUUUCAUUUUCAGUCAUCUCAGUAAAAAAUAUUUCACUGUUUACUGGGGAGAAUAAAGCAGUAAAGGUCGCUUACCCUCCCUAUACUUCCACAUUGUAGCAACUAUGCCAUCCAAUGAAUGCUGUACUCGCGCUGCAUUUUAUCCAGCAGUGUUGGGCAUAAAUGCACCAUGCCUACGCUGUUCAUUUACUUUUACUUUGCCUGGCAUUGCUUGGCAUAGCAUGUAGAUGAAAAUAAAAAAUCUAUAAAGAAAUGACAGCUAUUCAAAACUUAGUUAUCUUUAGUUAUCUUAGGUUGCGUUAAAAUUGAGGAAGUAAGUUCCUUUUAAAAUGAACUGGGAAAUAUGGCCCGGCACUGCACAGAUGGUAUAAAAAUCAACUUUUAUUGUGGUUCCAUGAAAAGCAAUGUUUUAAAUUUCUCAGAGGUCUUUGUUGUGAUAGUACAUCAGCGAAAACAGAACGAAUAAUAAAGGUUCAAAUGACAAGGGAUCAGAAAGUAUCAUAUGAUAUUGUGACAGACCCAUCUGUAUGACUAUUAUUUGUCGGUUUGUCUAGUUUGCCUUUCUUUCGUGGGAAUUGCCUGUUCCUAUACCCCCAUGCGUAUGUUUGACUUUUUGCCAAAUUAACUUACCAAACGGACGGCCACCCAGAAGAGAAGUGUGCUGCUGGUUAACCUCUUGAUCCCAAUUAGAACGUUGUGGUUAACCGCAGACACCUCUUAAUUAUAACCGAAUACAGGGUGGUCGUCGUUCGUAUGUCGACCACGAGGCGGCGGCCAUUUUAAACCACACGAAAGACCAGCGGUGUUUGGCACUGAUUCUAUGGAACUAAAAACUGACACUUUUUCUGCCGAACACCGCUGAAACUACAGACCGCCCUUCUCAGUCGACAAAAGCAUGUGAACACCGGCCGUUUGAGAGUUGUGGAUUACACAAAGAGACUUAACCCAGAUAGCCUUCCAAUGGAGUCAUACCGAAAGACUGUAAAGACUUUGACUGCAUGGCGAUUGAACUAUGUGUAUGGGAUCUGAGCGCUAUUCGCUAAUAAUAUGCCCUCAGAUCCAGGCUAUCUGGGGAUACGUUACACGAAUGUAAUAUGUUCGGUAGUUGUGCAAUUAUUUAUUUUCAAGUGUUUUCUGAUGUUGUACCUAAAAUGGCGAUUUGUCUUUGUCCUGGAGAUAAUUGAAUUACUUCUCAAUUAUCUCCAGGGCAGAGGUGAGGAAACCAUGAUGCAUGGUGGGAAUCCCUUAAAGACAUACUUGAACGCCGAGGAUGGUCAGCAAGUAAUCUAAAAAAGCGAGAGAUUAUUGCUUUGUUAUUGGAAAUGGAUGCAGCACAAGGAAUGGAGAGAGCUAAUGUGCCCAGCAUUCUGGAUCUAACACCCAAGGAGACACAAUUUAACCGGGCAGUCCAGAUAAGGCUGGCACACUUUGGCCCCAACCUUACAGCAGACAUUGUGGACCGUGUGCAGGCAGUGGUGAUGGCCUCCCCAACACUCUAAGAAAGAGGAGCUGCAGCAGCAGAGGUACCCAAUAAUAAUAUUGGGAGAAAAAAGGUACCCUUUGCUGCAUUUAAAAUUUUUGUUGAAGCAGAGGGAGAGAUUGACAGGUUCCUGGCGGACUUUGAAAGACAGUGUGCCCUACACCAGGUACCCGCAGACGAAUGGGUCACACUCCUCUCUGGAAAAUUAUCCAGCCGGACCAGCGAAGCGUUUCGGGCCAUUCCAGAGGAGGAGAUGACUAGCUAACGAGCAGUGAAAGAUGCCCUCUUGGCCAGGUACGCAGUGAGCCCAGAGGCAUACCGGCGGCGAUUUAGGGAAACCAAUAAACAAGCUGGCGACUCCUACAUAGAGUGGGCAUGCAGAGUCCACCGUACCACAGCCCACUGGAAGCUGCCCGUUUGGCAGAUGAAUACACAGAAGCCCGUAAAUUGGACAGUACGGUUACUAAAGUCCCUACCAGAGUGGAGUACAGACCAGCAGCACGUCCAACCCCUGCCGUGUACCAACCCCCGGUACACCGCACUCCAACACUACCACCAGCUACUAGUUAUGCCCAGCCAUCCCGGUUCAACGCCCGGGAUUAUUCGCAGCCCAUUAGGUGUUUUGGGUGUAAACAGUUGGGGCACAAGAGACCAGAGUGCCCACUGAACAGCGCCAAUCAAGCACAGUCGUGGAGAAGACCAACCGGCGGGAAUCAGCAUCCCCCCAGCCUGCUGCUCACUGUAUCAAGCAGGAGGAAUUUUGGGGCAUAUUACACGAGGCCGACCCUGUACAGGCAGCCCAUCAGGACAACCGUCAGCAACACCGGCAGACUGUUAAGCUGAAUGGCAGAGUGGUGAAUGGAUUAAGAGACACCGGAGCAACUAUGACUCUGCUUCAAAAGAACUUGGUCUCAGAACACCAGCAUACCGGAGACACUGUGGCGGUGAGGGUAGCAGGAGGCGCCGUGUUCCGCCUACCUGUUGCCCGGGUCCAUUUGGAUUGGGGAGUGGGCACUAGGCACUUUGAUGUGGGGGUCAUGAAGGACUUAGCCGCUAAUGUACUCCUUGGGAACGAUUUGGCCCCUUUGGUUUCUGCUUAUGCCCCGAUGGGCCCCGCUGACAUUAACCCUGUGACUACCUGUGCUCAGACCCAUGCUACUGGAACCAGUUUGCCUGCUGCUGAGACCCAGGUAAGACCUCCUUCCCCGACUGGCACCCUAGGUCAGGUCCCUUUAAGCUGGGACUCCCCGGAGGAGUUUGGGAGGGAAACCCGAGCAGACCCGACUCUCCAAAAGUACAGGGAUAGAGCAGAUGCUGGAGAGGAAAGAGUAGAUGGGGAACGGUAUGAGUGGGUAGGGGACAGGCUGUAUAGGAUCCCUAAGCCUUCCCAGAAGAGUGUUGCCCCUCCGCCGAAUCGACAGUUAGUGGUACCUGCAAAAUACCGGCAGGAGAUUCUGCGGAUAAGGCAUUAUGUUCCAUUAGCCAGACAUCUAGGGUCUCGCCGCACAGCCUAUAGGAUCACUCAGAAUUUCUUUUGGCCCAACUUUAAUCAGGCUGUGCGGGUAUACUGUAGUACGUGUGACACAUGUCAACGGGUAGGAAAGCGGGGGGACCACCCUAAAGUUAGGUUAUUGUCAAUGCCUAUUAUAGGGGAGCCCUUUUUCUGCAUAGCCAUUGACAUUGUGGGUCCACUGACCAGGGCUAGUCCAUCCGGUAAGAAAUAUAUUCUCACUGUGGUGGACUAUGCCACUCGUUAUCCAGAGGCAGUAGCGCUGUCUCAUAUAGAGGCAGAGAUGGUUGCUGAUGCCCUGGUUAGGAUAUUUACUAGGGUCGGGUUCCCUAAGGAGAUCUUCUCCGACCAGGGAACCCAAUUCACUGCUGUGCUCACCCAGCAGCUGUGGAAGGUGUGCGGCAUUAAACCGCUGCUUAGUUGACCCUAUCAUCUACAGACGAACAGUCUCUGCGAGCGCUUUAACGGCACCCUCAAGCAGAUGCUGAGGACCUUUACAGACACCAUGAUGCAUGGUGGGAAUCUUUUGUGCCUGUGUGUCUGAAAAAGCCAUACGUCUGUCUAUCAUUACAGUCUCCCAUUUGAUCCCCUAGGGGAGUGUCCACCAAGUGGGAGACCUGCAUAAAUACGGGCGGGUAGCCCACAGUAAACCCAGUUCUUGUUUUACCCUCAAUGCAGACCCUGGUCUCGUUAUUGGGGGGAUUUACUACACACGGUUAGCGACUGAUUGCUGGAAACGUAAACCGCUUGGAGGAUAUACUUGUUAGGCGGUUAGCGACGAUUAGUGGAUUAUGUUCGGGAGUUUGGAGCACUCUUACGGAUCCCGUUCGGGAGAUUACCGCUUUCCCCUGGCUGUGGUUCGUACGCUGAAUUAUAUAUGAAUGGAGAUGGCAAGAUUGUGAAGGGGAAAGCUCAACUAAACGGCAGUUUCACUCCUAGGUCUCUGGGGUGUCUUAACAGAUAUAAGUAACAAAGUUACCAAUAUGUAGGAUUAAAAGGGCAUACCUUAAAAAUCAUGUGAUAAAAAAAAUCAUCAGUUUUUUAAAAAUCUACACAAAUGUUCACAACGUGUACUAAUAAGCCAAACUUGCUAGUGUAAUUGUCGUUGAUCUAACAUUUUGCUUUCAUUGUCACCGUGAGCUAAAUCAGGGAUAUGGUCUAAUAACUGCUGGCUCACAUUGUGACUAGCCUUAUGAAAAAAUAUCGGGAAUAGGCAGCAAUGCAGCAAAGCGAGACAACCUGGUUUAGAUUAGUAAAUACUCCCUCUGUAUUGGGUAUGGCAGCAUCUAAAAGAAAUAUGCUUUUUACUUACUGAGAAAUAUUUGACAGAUGUUAUAUGAGAUAAGCACGCACAUGUCUCAUGCAUGCACAGAGAAAGAGACCCAAUAAAUAAAAAGAGGAAGUAAAGAAUAUGGUGCAGACCUCUGGGUAUCAGGUGCAGUUAGGUGCUGUCCCUGCAAACUCCUGUAUAUGAGACAUUUUCCCUUUGUCACAUGGGAAAUGUUACUUAUAGUCUUUAUUGUUUGUUAUUUGUAAAUUUUGCAUUUAAAAUUUUCACAGAAAUAGGAAGCUGUCUGCACAACUUUUAUGACUAUAUAACAUUGUAUUCCUCCUACUUAGGAGUGGAACAGGAGGUGGAAAGCCACCUUAGGUUACCCCAUGUGAGGGGGUGCAAAACCUGCCCUGCUCUGCCCUGUA